UUCCCUGGGCUUGAUCCCCGCCUCUUUCCCCUCCUCGGUCCCUGCUAACGCUGGUGUAAACGGGAAGCUCCCGGCCCGGCGGACUAACUGGAGCACCGACGCUGCAGCCGGUUGGGCCAGUGCCCUUUCCCGCUCUGGAAAGGAAGAGAAAUGGAAGUGAAAAAGUUGAGCAUUUCCUGGCAGUUCUUGAUAGUUCUGGUUCUGAUCCUGCAAUUUCUGUCUGCGUUGGAUUUUGACCCAUACAGAGUCCUAGGGGUCAGCCGAACAGCCAGUCAGGCUGAUAUUAAAAAGGCUUAUAAGAAGCUCGCCCGGGAAUGGCAUCCUGACAAAAACAGAGACCCUGGGGCAGCAGACAAGUUCAUCCAAAUCAGCAAGGCUUACGAGAUUCUUUCCAAUGAAGAAAAGAGAUCCAGUUAUGAUCGCUAUGGCGACGCCGGUGAGAACCAGCAGCAGCAGCAGCGAGAGUAUCGCUUCCGCCACUUCCAUGAAAAUUUCUAUUUCGAUGAAUCUUUUUUUCACUUUCCUUUCAAUUCCGAGCAACGGGACUCCAUUGAUGAAAAGUACUUACUGCACUUUUCACACUAUGUGAAUGAAGUGGUUCCAGACAGCUUCAAGAAGCCCUACCUCAUCAAGAUCACCUCGGACUGGUGCUUCAGCUGCAUCCACAUCGAGCCCAUUUGGAAAGAAGUGGUUCAAGAGCUGGAAGGACUGGGUGUGGGCAUCGGCGUGGUCCACGCAGGCUACGAGCGGCGCCUGGCCCACCACCUGGGGGCGCACAGCACGCCCUCCAUCCUGGGCAUUGUCAACGGCAAGGUCUCCUUCUUCCACAACGCGGUGGUCCGGGAGAACCUGCGGCAGUUUGUGGAAAGCCUGCUUCCCGGGAACUUGGUGGAGAAGGUUACAAAUAAAAACUAUGUCCGAUUCCUCUCCGGCUGGCAACAAGAGAAUAAGCCUCACGUCCUUCUGUUUGACCAGGGGCCCUCUGUGCCACUGCUUUACAAGCUGACUGCAUUUGCACACAAAGAUUACCUGUCAUUUGGCUAUGCGAAUGUGGGGGUCCGAGGGGCGGAGGAGAUGACGCGGCAGUACAACAUCAAUGUGUACGUGCCCACCAUCCUGGUCUUCAAGGAGCACAUCAACAAGCCCGCCGACGUGAUGCAGGCUCGAGGUCUGAAGAGGCAGUUGGUGGACAACUUUAUCACCCAGAACAAGUACCUGAUGGCGGCCAGGCUCACCAGCCAGAAGCUGUUCCACGAACUGUGCCCCGUGAAGCGGUCUCACCGCCAGCGGAAGUACUGCGUGGUUUUACUGACUCCCGAGGCUACCAAGCUGAGCAAAGCCUUUGAGGCCUUCCUGUCCUUUGCCCUGGCCAACACGCAGGACACGGUGAGGUUUGUGCACGUCUAUAGCAGCCGGCAGCCGGAGUUCGCCAGCACCCUGCUACCCCACAGUGAGGCGUUUCAAGGCAACUCAGCGGUAUCUAUCUUAGAAAGGCGCAACACAGCAGGAAGAGUGGUGUACAAAACCCUGGCAGAGCCCUGGACUGGCAGCAAGAGCGAUAAGUUCAUCCUGCUGGGCCUCCUCGACCAGCUGCGGACGGAUCCAGGCCUCCUGGCGUCCGAGGCCGUGCUGCCCGACCUGACAGAUGAGCUUGCCCCAAUCUUCCUCCUCCGCUGGCUGUACUCCGCUUCUGACUACCUCACCGACUGCUGGGAGACCAUGAUUCACAGUAACUGGCGGGAAAUGAUGCCCCUGCUGUCCCUGAUCUUCUCUGCCCUCUUCAUCCUCUUCGGUACCGUCAUCGUCCAGGCUUUCAGUGACUCCAGCGAUGAGCGAGAGUCACACCCUCCAGAGAAAGAGGAGGUUCCUGAAAAGACCGGGAAGACUGAGCCGAGCUUCACCAAAGAAAGCAGCAGCAAGAUUCCUAAAAAAGGCUUUGUAGAGGUCACCGAGCUCACAGAUGUGACGUACACCAGCAACUUGGUCCGCCUGAGGCCGGGCCACAUGAACGUGGUCCUCAUUCUGUCCAACUCCACCAGGUCCGUCCUGCUGCAGAAAUUUGCUUUCGAGGUCUACACGUUCACUGGGAGCAGCUGUCUGCACUUCUCCUUCCUGAGCCUGGACAAGCACCGGGAGUGGCUGGAAUACCUCCUCGAGUUUGCUCAGGAUGCAGCUCCGAUCCCGAACCAAUACGACAAGCAUUUCAUGGAGCGGGACUACACCGGCUACGUACUAGCUCUGAAUGGCCACAAAAAGUACUUCUGCCUCUUCAAGCCCCAAAAGACAGUGGAAGAGGAAGAGACCAUGGGGUCCUGCGGCGAUCUCGACGCCUCCCUGCACCCAGGUGAGGCUCGGGGGAAGCCCUUGGGCGGCCCCGGGCCCAGGCCCAUCAAAGGGAAGCUGAGCAAGCUGUCUCUGUGGAUGGAGCGCCUGCUCGAAGGGUCCUUACAGAGGUUCUACAUCCCAUCGUGGCCAGAGCUGGACUGAGGGUUUCCAAAAGAGCCGUGAACUCUUCAGGUUUUUAACCAGUCCCCAGAACAGGUAUUUUCAGGACUCAACCACCACAAUGCACAGAGCAUAGAUUUUAGUCACUUCCAGCACAGUGGCAGGAAGGAAUGAACCAUACCGCAGGCUUGAUGUCCCUAGAUCAAAAUACUUCUCUCCCCUCUGAGUUUUUUGGGGGUUUUUGUUUUGUUUUUGUUGUCGUCCUGACUUGAAUGCCGCACUAUUUAAAUAGACCACGCGUUCCCUUUUGGUUACCUUUCUCACGUGCUCACAUCCCCUUCCCGAUCUGCCCCCUACGAAGCACAGGCUCUCCCUGCGUGGUGCGAGACCGAGCCCCAGACCCUGUUGCCCGCGAUCACUUAGCUAUUCCCGUCUCCCACCUCGGGCUGCUGCUUCUGCCACUUGCGCCACACGGAACAGCUUGCGAGUCCCAAGAGAGGCCUUGCUGCAGUCUUCCCUGGAACCGUGGAGCAAGCGCCGAGAAGUGUAUUUUGGGGGUAUCCCCCACGACAGUCUUUAAAGGCCCAGGGAGAGCGGGGUCUGCGUGUGAGGUUGGUUUCCCUCCCCAGCAGAGGAAGGAAAGCCAAAGCCUUGCAGCUCCAGGAAGGGUCCGUCCAGCAGGCUGCACUGUCAUGAUGCUGAGCCGCAGGCCUGUCCGUUUCCAGAUGCCUUUCUGCCUCUGUCCGUCUAGGGUAAGGAUGUUAGGAGCCAUAACUCGUAACCUUGUUCUCUGAACGUAGAUAAGCUGCUCCGGAGCCGUAGAGGUUAAACUGCCAGGGGUCAGGCGGGGGAGCCUCUUUAUCCCGCGGUCUCUGAGUCGAAUACCAGGCACAUCUCUCUUCCUCUCAAGAGCCUCAGCGCUCUCAGCAGUCACCUUUUGAACAUUGUUGCUCUAAAAGAACUGUUAUCUUCAAAUGAGCCAAGACUCAUCUUAGAAUCCCGACUUGCAGUGGCUGCCUUUCCACCUCUGGCCUGAAUUCCUGAGUCUCAGCUGCAUCGUUGCGUCCUUCCCAUAGCGCCCACUGCUGCCCGAGGCCAGGGUCACCGUCACACCCAUCACCAGUGCUUCAUGCACCGCUGGCCCGACCGGGGUCCUGCCGGCCAGGAGCCAACGUUCUCUUUGUCUCUAGGGCCAGACCACCAGUGAAGUUGGGACACCUUCCAAGAGGGGUCUGUUCUGCUGCAAAGCAAAAGCCCUUUUAUAAAACGAAGGGUGAGAAUCAGGGAUGGGACAGGUCCUGAGUUAGGGUUUCACUAAUCAUAAUUGCUUUUAACUAAGCCACUCGGAUCCUUGAUACUUUAAACAUUGAGCUACCGUGGUACGUAAUGAAUUACUUUGAGCCCAGGAAUUCCUGCGGCAUUUCAUGGAGUCUGAUAGCUUUAUUAAAAAGUAAAGAACUCA